AUGAAGAGCGUGUACAUUCUGGCUGCGGCCGCCUCGGUGGCCAGCGCCCUCCUCAAGAACCCCGAGGACUGCGUCUGCGAUUUCACCGAUGAGUGCUACCUCCGCGUCAAGCACCUCGCCAACCGCGCCGAGUUCUGUGUCUCGAUCGAGGUCCCCACCUGCGAUCUCUCCCCCGUCUCGGACGUCUGCCACAGCCGACAGGAUGCCAUCAACGCCUGCGACUGCGUUCCCCAGGAGACUGCCAGCACAACCUCCGCCUCCGAGACUGCCUCUAGCACCGUCUCCGUGAGCCAGUCUACUUCCGAGACUGCCUCCGCCUCCACCACCGAGACUGCUUCCGCUUCUACCUCCGAGACCGCCUCCGCCUCCACCUCCGAGACUGCCUCUGCUUCCACCACCGAGACUGCCUCCGGCUCUGCUUCCACCACCGAGACUGCCUCCGGCUCUGCUUCCACCACCGAGACUGCCUCCGGCUCUGCUUCCACCACUGAGACUGCUUCCACCACCGGCCCCGUCACUGGAUCUGCCUCCACCACUGAGACUGCUCCUACCAGCACCGCUACUGAGGACUGCGACUGCGACUACUCUGACAAGUGUGUCGUCGCUGUUGUUGGUCUUGGCGAGUCCGCCGUUGAGUUCUGCGCCAGCCUUGAGCAGCCCGGUGCCGAUCUCUCCAUCCUGAACGGUGCUUGCGACAGCCAGGUUGAUGCUGUCUACGCUUGCGACUGCCGCACCUCUCAGACCUCCACCGCUCCCACUCAGACCGCCACCACCUCUGCCACUGCCUCCGUGACCGAGUCCGUCUCCACCACCGAGACUGCCUCCGGUUCCGCUUCCACCUCCGAGACUGCUUCUCAGAGCACCGGUACCGAGACCGCCACUGAGCCUACCGGUACUGAGACUGCCUCUACCGAGACUGGCACUGAGACCGCCUCUACUGGCACUGAGACUGCUACCGUCCCCACCGGCACUGAGACUGCCUCUACCGAGACUGGCACUGAGACCGCCUCUACUGGCACUGAGACUGCUACCGUCCCCACUGGUACCGCCACUGAGCCUACUGGCACCGAGACCGCCUCUACCGAGACCGCCACUGAGCCUACCGGUACUGAGACUGCCUCUACCGAGACUGGCACUGAGACCGCCUCUACUGGCACUGAGACUGCUACCGUCCCCACCGGCACUGAGACUGCCUCUACCGAGACUGGCACUGAGACUGCCUCUACUGGUACCGAGACUGCCACCGAGCCCACUGGCACUGAGACCGCUUCCACCGGUACCGAGACUGCCACUGAGCCCACCGGAACUGAGACUGCUUCCACUGGCACCGAGACUGCUACUGAGCCUACCGGUACUGAGACUGCCUCUACCGGCACUGAGACUGCUACUGAGCCCACUGGCACCGAGACCGCUUCCACCGGUACCGAGACCGCUACUGAGCCUACCGGCACUGAGACUGCUUCCACUGGCACCGAGACCGCUACCGAGCCUACCGGUACUGAGACCGCCUCCACUGGUACUGAGACUGCCACCGAGCCCACUGGUACCGCCACUGAGCCUACUGGCACCGAGACCGCCUCUACCGAGACCGGCACCGAGCCCACCGGCACUGCUACUGAGCCUACUGGCACUGCUUCCACUGAGACCGGUACUGAGCCUACUGGCACUGCUUCCACUGAGACCGGUACCGAGCCUACUGGCACCGCUACUGAGCCCACUGGAACUGCCACUGAGCCUACCGGUACUGCUACUGAGCCCACUGGUACUGAGACUGGCAAGACCACUGAGACUGGAAAGGGCCACACCACUACCACUUGCACCACUGAGACUGAGUCCAAGCCCACCAAGGCCCAGACUACCCCCUACGAGCCUCCUUACACCACCAAGACCAUCUACACCACUCAGACUCACACCUACACCAAGUGCCCCGCCUACGUCACUGACUGCCCCAACGGUCCUCACGGUCCUUACACCACCACUGAGACCAUUGCUGUUUCCACCACCGUCUGCCCCGUCGAGGAGCAGUACACCACCAAGACCAUCUACAGCACCAAGGUUUACACUCUUACCAAGUGCCCUGCCUAUGUCACUGACUGCCCCAACGGUCCCAACGGUCCUUACACCACCACCAAGACCUACCCCGUCUCUACCACCGUCUGCCCCAUCACUGAGGAGCACCCUGCCAAGCCCACUGCUUACUCUCCCCCUGAGAAGUACACCACCAAGACCAUCUACAGCACCAGGGUCUACACCGUCACCAAGUGCCCCUCUUACGUCACUGACUGCCCCAACGGUCCUUAUGUCACUACUGAGACUGUCCCUGUCUCUACCACCGUUUGCCCCGUGACCGAGGAGCACCCCGCCAAGCCUACCGUCUACUCUCCUCCCAAGGGCCCUACCACCCUCUACAAGACCCAGACCUACACUAUCACCAAGUGUGUCGGUGAUGAUGAGGACUGCUACCCCGGCAAGGUCACCACCACCUGCUACCCCACUGGCACUGCUGAGAUUCCUUCUUACACCACUGUCAUUGUUCCCGGUGGUGAGAAGCCCGGCCACGAGCAGCCUUCCAAGCCUGGCUAUGAGACCCCCGAGACUCCUGAGACCCCUGAGACUCCCGAGACUCCCUCCAAGCCUGGCUACGAGACUCCUUCCAAGCCUGAGGAGUCUACUCCUGCUAAGCCUGGCUAUGAGACUCCCUCCAAGCCUGAGGAGUCUACUCCCGCCAAGCCCGUCUGCCCAGGUGGUGAGAACUGCCCUGAGGAGCCUUCCAAGGGUCAGCCCUCUGCCACUCUCCCCUACAGCCAGCCCACCGAGACUGGUGAGGCUCCCAUCACCCCCGUCACCGCCGGUGCUGGCCGCGCUGGUGUCUCCAUGGCCGUCGCUGCCAUCGGUGUCUUUGCCGUCCUUCUGUAAAUGCAUCUCGGAAAAACUUUCCUUGGCUGUUAAUUCUUACCAACAUAAUACGCUUCACUAUGUACAUAGUAUGAAUUAGACGACUUUGGCCCUGCCUAUAGUGUAGAAUGGUUACGAGUUCUGGUUAAUACUGUGUAUUUUUCUUAACUGUUGAAAGAUACCAAUUUCAUAUCUGUCU